AUGAGCGGUUCUGGGUCUUCAACCACUUCUGGUAGAAAAUCCGAAUGCUCAAUGCAAACUGAAAAGAAAAAUGUUUCAAAACCACCUGUGAUUGUUAAGAAACCUAAAUAUCAGUGGAUGCCCAAAUUAACUUCCAACCAAUCAUCGUCAUCCUUUGAAAGUGUUUUACAUGAUGAUUCAAAGUUAAAGGGACAGUUGCGGAGGAAUGUCUUCCGAUCUUGGUAUGUCGACAGCGGCUGCUCCCGGCAUAUGACUGGAGACAUCUCCCUAUUGAGCAACAUUCGAUAUUUUAAUGUGGGAUAUGUUUCCUUUGCGGGCGGAGAAGGUGGAAAAACCACUCAGAGAGGAACAUUGACAAAUGGAGUGCUAAUUUUCGAGAAUGUCAACUUUGUUGAGUGCAUUGUCAUCCCGGAAGAGUGGAUCCUUGUCAAAUCAAAGCAGGAUGGAAACGCUUACAUAAUUGAAAUGAACAGUAACAUUCCAGAACAAGUCACUUGCCUCUUUUCAAAGGGAAAGAAUCAUAAAAAACCACACUUGCCGAAACAGGUCAAUUCAAUCAGCCAGUUGCUUAAAUUAUUGCACGUGGACUUAUUUGGUCCGGUCAAUGUCCUAAGCAUCAACAGAAACUCGUAUUUUCUAGUUCUGAUCGAUGAUUUCUCUCAUUUUACAUGGGUUUUCUUCUUAUCCAACAAAGUUGGGAUUGCUGAUUUGAUAAAGAAGUUCAUUUUGAUGAUUGAGAACCAAACUAAUAACCGGGUGAAGGUGCUUCGAAUUGAUAAUGGAACAGAAUUCACAAAUGCAGUUCUUGAUCACUUUUACACAGAAAAGGGAAUUGCUGAGGCGAUUAACAUUCCUUGCUACGUUUGGAAUCGUGUUUUGAUCAACAAAGCCCAGAUGAAGACUCCGUACAAAAUUUUUUAUGGUAUAAGUCUUCAGUCAAUCACUUCCGUGUAUUUGUUUGCUCUUGUACCCUUCUUCACCUGGAGUCCAACCCGAAAUUUAAUGCCAAAGCCGAUGACUUUGGAGGAGAAUGAUACGGAUGCUAAAGUGGGUCCUGAUUGGCUGUUUGAUUACUCAUCCUUGUCCAAAUCGCUCAAUGUGUAUUCAGAUGGUUCAUCCGGUUCUUCCUCUUAUUCGAAGAUUGUUCCUGAAGAUGAAGACGAAGAAGUUGUUUACAGACCUCCAACGGUAUCCUCUUCAAUUCCUACUGGGGAUUCAUCUAAUCCACUUACUUGUCCAGAAUCUCAUGCUCAACAUGAUGCUCCAGAUGUUGAUGAUACACCCCUUACUCCUGUUGAAAGAGAGUUUAUGUCUAGAAAUGCUUCCGCUGUUACUCCAACUUUCAUGGAACUACUUUUUCCUGAACAAAUUGCUGAUGAGUUUGUAGCAGAUCCAUCUAAUGAGGUAGGUUCAUCUGAUGUGGAACAUUUAGCAAAUGAUGGAGUUAUCAACAUUCACAAUCUUCCCGUCUCCCUUAAUGACAUCAGUCAGGAGAUACCCUCACAGCCAAAGAACUUUGAAAUGCCUUUGAAUGAGCCCAGUUGGGUCGAUGCUAUGCAUGAACAGUUAAAUCAAUUUGAAAAACUCAGGGUUUGGACACUGGUUGAACUUCCUAAGGGAAAAAAGUCUCUUGAAACGCACUGGGUAUACCGCAAUAAGCAGGAUGAUUCUGGAGUCAUAUUGCGCAAUAAGGAAAGACUGAUGGUUUGCGGGUUUAGACAGAUCGAGGGUCUUGACUAUACUAAGAUUUAUGCUCUGGUAGCUCGCUUGGAGGCUAUCCGGAUUUUCCUUGCAUAUGCUUCUUACAUGAACUUCACAGUUUAUAAGAUUGAUGUCAAGACAGCUUUCUUGUAUGGCAAUGUGAAGGAAGAAAUAUAUGUUGAUCAACCCCUUGGGUUUGUUAACUCAAAGUUUCCUAAUCAUGUCUAUAAGUUAGAAAAGGCGUUGUAUGAGCUACAUCAAGCUCAUUGA